AUGGCGCCCGAGAUUCAGAGCCUGUUUCCGAGUUCGACGGCCGUGCUCCUCCUGCUGGGCGCCUGCCUCUCCGCCGCCGCGGUGGCAGCGCUCGGUGCCGCGGACGACGCCAGCAGGCCGGCGGUGCCUCUGCCUGGUGGAGGCGCCCGGCGCGUCCUCUUCGCCAACGGGCUCGGGCUGACGCCGCAGAUGGGGUGGAACAGCUGGAACCAUUUCCAGUGCGACAUCAACGAGGCGGUCGUCCGGCGCACCGCUGAUGCGCUCGUCGCCACCGGACUUGCAAAGGCUGGCUACAAGUAUGUCAACUUAGAUGACUGCUGGGCGGAUUACCAAAGGACCAAAGAGGGAUACAUGAUCGCUAAUCCCAAGACAUUCCCAUCCGGAAUCAAGGCCCUGGCAGAUUAUGUUCACAGCAAGGGGCUUAAGCUUGGCAUCUACUCUUCAGCUGGGACAAGAACUUGCAGCAACAGGAUGCCUGGAUCUCUGGGCCACGAGGACAAGGAUGCUAAAACGUUUGCAUCAUGGGGUGUUGACUACUUGAAGUAUGAUAACUGCUACAGAGACGGCACGCCUGAAACCGUGAGGUUUGGGCGCAUGUCUCGCGCGCUGAAGAACUCUGGCCGCCCCAUCUUCUACUCACUUUGCGAAUGGGGCUACAUGGAAGUGCCCAAAUGGGGCGGCAUGUACGGCAACAGCUGGAGGACCACCGGCGACAUCAUCGACACAUGGUCAGGCAUGCUGGACAACAUCGACCGGAACGACGCCUACGCCCGGUACGCCAAACCCGGCGGUUGGAACGAUCCUGACAUGCUGGAGGUCGGGAACGGAGGGAUGGCGUACAACGAGUACGUCGUGCACUUCAGCCUGUGGGCCAUCGCCAAGUUCAAGUGUUCAGUUCUUUCUACUCACGCACGAGGAAAAAGUUCACUUAUUGACUCGUCUUCAUGUGUGCCAAUUGUGUUCGGCGCAGAUCGGAUGGGUGUCCAGGGAAACAAAGUGAAGAAGUAUGGCAACGAUCUCGAGGUGUGGGCGGGGCAGCUCUCCCGCCACAGGAAGGCGGUGCUGCUGCUCAACCGGGGGGCGACGCGCUCCGCGUCCAUCACCGCGGCAUGGCCGGACGUCGGCAUCCGCCGCGGCGUCACCGUCGAGGCCAGGGACGUCUGGAAGCAUGAGACGCUCCCGGGCAGGUUCACCGGUAGCCUCACGGCGGUGGUCGGGCCGCACUCGUGCAAGCUCUUCGUCCUCACGCCCGUUCCUCGCUGA